CUGCUUCGUAGCCAUUCAAGGAAAAGAUCCCUCCGCUGAGAGGAAGGCCUUGGACCACAGGGACACCUGUUCUCAGACUUACUAAAUUGCUGCCAUGCUGCAUUUAAGUAAGGGGGAUUUCGUUUGGGUGGACUCCGGCCGUGGAGUCCCUGUCGGGGCCGAGGUUACAGUUACCGACACCGGGCAGCUUCAGCUCAUCGACGAUGAAGGAAAGGAGCACAAGAUUAACAAGAAGACCCAGGGCAGCAUCCGCCCCAUGCACCCCAGCUCGGUGAAAGGUGUGGACGACAUGAUAAUGCUGGGCGACCUGAACGAGGCCGGGCUGCUCAGGAACCUGCUGGUCCGCCACAAAGAGGGCAUCAUCUAUACGUACACAGGCUCCAUUCUGGUGGCAGUGAAUCCAUACCAGCUGCUGCCCAUCUACACCACAGAGCAGGUGCACAUGUACACAGACAGGCGUCUGGGCGAGCUGCCCCCCCACGUGUUUGCCAUCGCAGACACCUGCUUUUUCAACAUGAGGCGCAACAAGAAGAACCAGUGCUGCGUCAUCAGCGGAGAGUCCGGAGCAGGAAAAACCGAGAGCACCAAGCUGAUGCUGCAGUUCUUGGCUGCGGUCAGCGGCCAGCACUCGUGGAUCGAGCAGCAGAUCCUGGAGGCCAACCCCAUUCUGGAAGCCUUCGGGAACGCCAAAACGGUUCGCAAUGACAACUCCAGCCGAUUUGGGAAGUACAUCGACAUCAGCUUCUCCAAGGGCGGGUCCAUCGAGGGGGCCCGGGUGGAGCAGUACCUGCUGGAGAAGUCCAGAGUGUGUCGUCAGGCCCCCGAGGAAAGGAACUACCACAUUUUUUACUACAUGCUGAUGGGCAUGGCUCCGGACCAGAAGAAGAUUCUUUCCCUUGGAACGGCUGCAGAGUACAAAUACCUGACCAUGGGCAACUGCACCAGCUGCGAAGGACGAGACGACGUGAAGGAGUACGCUCACUUCCGCUCGGCCCUGAAGAUCCUCACGUUCACUGAGACCGACUCCUGGGAGAUCUCCAAGCUGCUGGCCGCCAUCCUCCACCUGGGCAACGUGGAGUUUGAAAGCGUCAUAAUGAACAACCUGGAGGGCUGCAGCGUCGCCAAAUCCUCCCACUUCAGCAUGGCCAGCCAGCUUUUGGAGGUGGAUCCUACAGCGCUGGAGAAGUGUCUGACUCAGCGCGCCGUCACCACCGCCAGGGACACCGUCAACAAACCUCUGAACUCUGACCAGGCUCUGGACGGCAGGGACGCCUUUGUCAAGGCUAUUUAUGGGAAACUUUUCAUCUGGGUGGUGACAAAAAUUAAUGACGCCAUUUACAAGCCGCCCGAUGAUGAGGACACGGUUCGACAGUCGAUAGGCCUGCUGGACAUCUUUGGCUUUGAGAACUUUGACAACAACAGCUUCGAGCAGCUCUGCAUCAACUUCGCCAACGAGCAGCUGCAGCAGUUCUUCGUCAAGCACGUCUUCAAGCUGGAGCAGGAGGAGUACGCCCGCGAGGGCAUCCUCUGGCAGCACAUCGACUACCUGGACAACCAGCGCACUCUGGACACGCUGGCCAACAAGCCCAUGAAUGUGUUGGCUCUUGUCGACGAGGAGAGCAACUUCCCAAAGGGCACAGACGCCUCCAUGCUCCAGAAACUGAAUCAGUUUCACACCAAAGGCGAAGUCUACAUCCCUCCCAAAAACAACUUUGGGACCCAGUUUGGGAUACAACACUUUGCAGGAGUGGUUUACUAUGACUCGAAAGGUUUUCUCGAGAAGAACCGUGACACUCUGAGUUCGGACCUGAUCCAGCUGGUGGACACGUCAACCAACAAACUCCUCAAACAGGCCUUCAAAGCCGAGCUGACAUCCAACUCCAACGUGGUCAAGAGCGUCAACCCCAAGCUGAUCAUCAACACGCCCAGAAACAGCCUGCGGCAAGCCUCCGACGGCAAGAAGCGCGUUCCGACUCUGUCCGGCCAGUUCCGUCAGUCCCUGGAUUCCCUCAUGAAGACCCUGACCGUGUGUCAGCCUUUCUUCAUCCGCUGCAUCAAACCCAACGACUUCAAGAAGCCCAUGCUGUUUGACAGAGAGCUGUGCAUACGGCAGCUGCGUUACUCCGGCAUGAUGGAGACCAUCAGGAUCCGGAAGGCCGGCUACCCGGUCCGGUACACCUUCAGCGAGUUCCUGGACCGCUACCGCGUCCUCCUGAGGACCUCCGUCUGUGACCCCAAAACCGAAAAUCAGGAGACUUGCUGUGAGAGCAUCUGUAAGAGAGUCCUUGCUAGAGAAGGCGACUGGAAGAUGGGCAAGACAAAGAUUUUCCUCAAGGACUUCCAUGACACCAUGCUGGAACUGGAGCGAAUAAAGGAGUUAAAUGUAAAAGCUCUUCUGAUCCAAAAAGUCCUGAGAGGAUACAAAUUCAGGAAAGAAUUUGUGAGGAAAAGGUUGGCUGCCCUCGUCAUUCAGAAAUAUUGGAGAGGCUACAAAGGCAGGAAGCUGUACAGAGUGGUGCAGCUGGGCUUCGCGAGGCUGCAGGCUAUCGCCCGCUCCCGUCACAUCCACCUCAACUACAAGAGGCAGCGGGUCGCUGCGCUGGUGCUGCAGACGCAGGUCAGAGGUUACCUGGCCAGGAAGGAGUGGAAGCGCAAGAGAGACGCAGUGAUCCUGCUGCAGGCCCACACCAGGGGCAUGCUGGCAAGAAGACGCAUCGGAAAGAUGAAGAGAGACAUGCACCUCUCUGCUAAAGAGAGGGAAGAAGAACGGCGGGCCAUUUUGGCCAAACAGAAGCACUUGGAAGAAGUGCUGAGGCAGAAGAGAGAGACGGAGGCCAGAGCGCAGGCUGCCAACAUGAGCGACCAGGAGAUGGUGGACGACAUCUUCGGCUUCCUGCCCAACAUGGUGGUCGGAGGGCAGGAGGGCCAGGCUCCCGUCGGAUUCGAGAACAUUGAAGGAAAACGGACCAUAAUCGAGGAGAUAGACAUCGAUGAGAUUCCCUUGGAAGACGAGCUUCCCGAGGAGGACUACGACGACCUGGAUCAGUACUCGUUCUCCAAAUUCGCCUCCAUUCACUUCCAGGGAGCAGCCACGCCCACCUACAUCCGGCAGAGGCUUCAGCAGCCGCUGCUCUACCAUGAGGACGAAGGAGAUGUCAUGGCUUCGCUGACGGUGUGGUGGAUCAUUCUGAGAUUUCUGGGAGAUCUUCCCGAGCCGAAGAGAAUGAGCAGGCUUCAGCAGGGGAGCGCCAUCCGGGAUCGGUACGUCCCGCAGGACCUGAUCUCCAGGCAGGAUAGACGUCUGAGCCACAUGGUGGGCCUGGAUCAGAGAGUGCUGAGGAAAAACAAAGAGGCAGAACCCGCUGUCAUCGCAGAGGAGCCAGACCAGAAGAGAAAGGGAUCGAUCUUCACAGACCUCCUGUCAAAAAACAGGAAGCCCUCCACGGUGCCCACCGACACGGUCCCAAACCUGAAGUCGUACACUGCGCCCGAAGGCAGCCCGCGAGCGAGAAAGGGAUCCACAUUCACCGACCUGCUGUCCAGAAACAAAAAAGUCCUCCCCGAUAAAGGAAGCGUGAACGUACGGCCCGUGUCGAACAUGAGGAAGCCCUCCAUCAUCAUGGAGGAGUCCGAUGACCUGACGGAGGUGUCCAAGCCCACCACGCUGCAGACUGUGAGUGAGGACAGUAACGUCAUGAUCGGAGAAGGGCCCACCCUGGACAGGCCCCUGACGUCUCUUGAAAAAGUCCACUACAUCGUGGGAUACGGCAUCAUCAGGCCUGACCUGAGAGAUGAGAUUUACUGUCAGAUCUGCAAACAGCUUUAUGAAAACAACAACAGGAACAGCUACUUCCGUGGGUGGAUCCUGCUGUCCCUCUGCCUGGGCGUGUUUCCUCCCAGUGAGCGCUUCUUAAAAUACCUUCAAAGUUUUAUCCGUUUUGCUCCUGGAGGGUUUCCUUCCCACUUAGCCGAGAGGCUGCGGCGCACCAUGUCAAACGGAGCCAGAGGAGAGCCUCCAGCCUGGCUAGAGCUGCAGGCAACCAAGACAAAGAAGCCCAUGUUGGUGUCUGUGGCGCUGCUGGAUGGACGAUCCAUUAACCUUCCUGUCGACUCUGCAACUACAUCCAAAGAAGUCUGCCAACUUGUGUCCAAUAAAAUCAAGCUAAACGACACGUUUGGCUUCUCUCUCUACGUAGCCAUGUAUGAAAAGGUGUGGGCCCUGGGGAGCGGCCGGGAGCACGUGAUGGACGCCAUCUCCCAGUGCGAGCAGGAGGUGAAGAGGAGGGGCGGCCAGGAGCAGCACGCUCCCUGGCGUCUCAUCUUCCGAAAGGAGGUCUUCACCCCCUGGCACGACUGCAAGGAGGACAAGAUCAGCACUGACCUCAUCUACAGGCAGAUCAUCCACGGUCUGAAGUUUGGAGAGUACCAGACCGAAAAGGAGGACGACAUCAUCGAGCUCGCUGCUAAGCACCUGUACAUCCAGCACGGCUCAGACAGCCGCCCAGAGAACGUGAAGGAGACGGUGAAGGACUGCAUCAAGAACUCUCUGCUGGAGGCCAAGUCAGAACCCAAACUGGUUCAGAUGAUCCACACCGCUCACGCUCAGAGCACCUUCCUGAGUUCUGGACAAAAAGCGGACCUGGUGAAGGCGGAGGUGGUUGACUACUCCAAAGAGAAGUGGCCCAUGUUCUUCUCCAGGUUCUUUGAGGUCACCAAGCAGUCGGGUCCCCCGUUGCCAAAGAGUAAAUUCAUUGUGGCCAUAAACUGGACCGGCAUCACGUUCCUGGAUGAGAGGGAGAAGAGGCUGCUGGAACUGUCCUUCCCAGAAGUGACAGGAGUCAACACCGUCAGGGAGGGUAAAACCUCGGGCCACGCCGUGUGUCUGCUGACGCUGAAAGGAGACUUCACCCUGAGCGGAUCUUUUGCUGAAGACAUGUCCGAGCUGAUCACCAUGUUCCUCAGCGGACUGACUGAGCGCUCCAAGUACGCCGUGGCGCUGAGAGAAGUCAGCAGCCAAGAUGAUCCCACCAUCCUGAGCUUUAAAAGAGGAGAGCUGCUGAUUCUCAUCAAGGAUGAGGAAUUUUCCAAGCAGCGCGGCUGGAUCAAGGGUCAAAGCAGCAGCACCAAAAAGACCGGCGCGGUCUCCAUGGAGUCCAUCUUUAUCCUGCCCACGCUCAGCAAACCCAGCAACGAAGUCUUGAACCUCCUCAACCUGUCGCCAAACCAGAGGAAGAACCUGGUGGAGGCGAACCGGAAAGACAUGGGCACCGUGGAGAGAGUAGCUCCCGCCUCGCUGAAGGACUUCUCCCUGCAGUACUUCAGGCAGCCCACCAAAGAUUUGAACCGCCAGGUGAUUUCCAGGAACGCAGCGCCGGAGAAGCUGUGGGCUCACUCCAGAGAGCCUAUCAGACAGCCUCUCCUCAAGAACCUGCUGGGCAACCCGGAGCUCAGCCACAAAGCCUGCCUGGCCUUCACUGCCAUCCUGAAGUACAUGGGAGAUUACCCCACCAGGCAGAUGCAGAGCCCCCUGGAGCUCACUGACCAGAUCUUCAGCCCCCCCACUAAACACGAGGCACUGAGGGACGAGAUCUACUGCCAGAUCAUGAAGCAGAUGACCAGCAACAACAACAGGUUCAGCAUAGAGCAGGGCUGGCAGCUGCUGUGGCUGUGCUGCGGCCUGUUCCCGCCCAGCCAGGCCCUCCUGAGACACGCCCAGAAGUUUGUGGAGUCCCGGCGCAGAGAGCAGCUGGCCUCCGACUGUCUGCAGCGGCUGCAGAGCUCGCUCAGGAUUGAACCCAGGAAGCUCCCGCCGCACCAGGUGGAGGUGGACGCCAUCCAGCAGAACAGCACCCAGAUCUUCCACAAAAUCUACUUCCCCAACGACACAGACGAGAUAUUUGAGGUGGCGACCAGCACCAGGAUCCGGGAUCUCAUCCAGAACAUUUCCAAGAAGCUCAAGCUGGCUUCAGCCGACGGCUUUAGCAUCUUUGUGAAAACGCACGACAAGGUUCUCAGCUUGAACGACACAGACUACUUCUUUGACAGUCUGAGACAAAUCACCGACUGGUCGAAACAAGCCAAGAGGAUUAAAGACGGUGGACCGGUCAACAUUUCCUACCACGUGUUCUUCAUGAGGAAGUUGUGGUUCAAUGUAAUCCCCGGCAGAGACACCGAGGCUGACCUUAUCUUCCAUUUCCCUCAGGAGUUGCCAAAGUACCUGAGAGGCUAUCACGUUUGUACCAAGGAGGAAAUGGUCAACAUUGCCGCUCUGCUCUUCAGGGUAAAGGUCAACGGUGACAAAAACCAGAUCCCCACGAUUCCCAAGGUGUUGAAGGAGCUGGUUCCCGCCGACCAGCUGAAGGCCAUGUCUGAAAACGAGUGGAAAAAGAACAUCGUCGCCUUCUUUAACAAGCACGGCGGCAUGGCCGUCGAGGAAGCGAAGGUUGCCUUCCUGAAGGCGGUGUGUCGCUGGCCGACCUUCGGCUGCGCGUUCUUUGAAGUGAAGCAAACGUCAGAGCAAGAUUUUCCAGACAUUGUGCGAAUCGCCAUCAGCAAAACUGGACUCACAAUCCUGCACCCGAAAACUAAGGAGGUCCUGGCAAAUCACCCGUACAACAAAAUAGCUAAUUGGUGCAGCGGAAGCACCUACUUUCACAUGACCGUCGGCAGCUUAGUGAAGGGCAACAAAUUCCUCUGUGAAACGUCGCUGGGCUACAAGAUGGAUGACCUGAUAACCUCCUACGUCAGCAUGUACCUCAGAGAGAGAACCAGAGGCCAGCGCUACAACAUGUAAACCUGUGAAGUCAGGAUCCUUUCUAGAAGAUUUCAGUGUCGUUUGCUGGAAAAAGUCCCAGAUUUGUUGCGUAAAAAUAAAAAUGUUUCUCAGUUUUGAUUUGAAGCAAGGUUCUGUUUUGCGUCACUAACCCAAAGACGAGGAGCACAGGUUCCUUUGCGUGUUUACUAGAACUAAGCGUGUUUUGAUCAGGAUUCUUUUUGUUUUUCUGUCCUUGAAUUAUUUAGGAUUAGACAUCGAGACUCAGUCCGAUACGUGAUUAAAAUCUGUAAUAUGUCGACUGUAUGCAGUAAAAUAUUGCACUGAA